CAACACUGCACGCAGAGUUCUUCCUGUAAGCACGACUAUAGCUGUGUUGUAAUUCGUAUAAGCAACUAUGAAUUCAUCAAUGUAUCCAAACAUGACCAGUGUAACAGUAGUAGCGGUGAUGUUCGUUGCAGUCAUCCUGGUUGCCGACAUCGCGGAAGCAGCUGCGGCUGCGGCUCCACAAGCGCCACAGCCGGUGCAUCUGCAGACGGCUCAGUUCGGACCGGAAGCCAGAGGAUACGCGGCCGGUUACGGUUAUGGCGGCGUCCAAGUGCCGGUGAGCGUCCACGCCGCGGCCGUCGUCGGCAAGUCGGUGCCCCUACACCAUCACCAGCAGCAGUACUAUGCCGACGGGCCCUCGGUGGUGGUCGGUUAUGCGCCGUCGGCCGUCUACAAACCGGACCUGUCGGCGUACGCGUACGGCGCGUCGCCACACGUGGAACAGCUUCGCCGGUUCGACCCGGUGGUCCGGCCAGUGCAAACGGUGGUGCCGAAGGUGACGGCUGUCGAGCCCUCGGUGACCGUCCACAAGACGUUUGUUGACGUGCCAGUGUUGCACCAUCACGACCAACGCUUGCCGUACGUUGCUGCAGGGCCGGCCGCGGUGGUGCAGGCAGACUACGCGUCGCCCUACUACAACUAUCAGGUGGUUGACCGAUGAGCGGGCCAAAAAUGAAAACGAAACUCAUCAUAUUUGCUCAUGAACAUUUAUUAUUAUAAUGAUAGUGUAUAUAUAUAUAUAUAUUGUCGUAUCAAAACGUUUUACGCCGCUGGUGCGGCGCAAACAUAUUAUAUUACAAUUAUUAAAUUUACAUAAUGUUUUA